CAUACUCUAACGUCGACGUUUUUUCUGGAGUGCAUAAUUUACUAAGUUUAUUACACCAACAACAACCCCACUUUUCACUCAUUUUUGUUGUCUCUUUCCUCUCUACAUUCACAGUAUUUGGCCACUCUCUUUGCCGGCCCGAAGAGGAGCCAAAAAGCAAACGAAAUUCCGGAAUUUAAAUCAAAUUCCUCCAAUUCAUCUGUUACCCGCCUCCAAUUCUGAUUGUUCUGCGGUGUGGGUUUUAACUUUUAAGUUGUCAAACAUGGUUAGCAACUUAAGUUUGGAGGAUGGAAUGAUGAUAUUGGAUGAGGCAUUUUCGAGAACAAGGAAGAUUAUGGAAGGAUAUUCUAAUGUUAAGUUCAGUGCAGAGGAGUACCAGAAAUUUUAUGAAUGUGUUUACCUGCUGUGUGUCCAGAGGACUUCUUUUGAUAAUUCCAGGAUGCUCUACGAACGAUAUCAGAAUGGUUUAGAAGAAUGCAUCUAUUCAUUGGUCCUUCCAUCGUUGGAAGAUAAAAAUGAUGCUGCUCUCUUGACUGAGCUUGUGGUGAAAUGGUCUAAUUAUCAAUUGAUGGCUAGGUGGCUGUCUAGAUUCUUUUGUUACCUUGACCGUUUUUAUAUUCCCCGUGUUGGAGCUUUUGGCCUUUUGGAGCUAGCUAUUAGAUGCUUUCACAAUCUGGUGAAUUCAAGGUGUAAUAGUAAAUUAGUUCCUGCUGCAAUAGCGUUGAUUAAUCAGGAUCGCAAUGGAGAGAAGAUUGAUAGUAACAUACUUAAGAAUGUUGUGGAGUACUUUGACAUUGUAAGAACAGUAGGAGGAACCUGCUAUGAUGAAUUUGAAAAGGCCUUGCUUGCAAAUUCUGCUGCUCACUAUUCUCAAGUUGCUUCACAUGGGCUUUUGCAUGAUUCAUGUGCUGAUUAUACAUAUAAGGUGCAAUGGUGCCUAAAUCAGGAAUCUGUAAGAUCUAGCCAAUUUCUCAACCCAACUUUAAGAGAUAAGCUUCUGCAGGUGGUCAAGUCUUGCUUAGUCGAUCAGGUUUGUACAAAGUUUGCUGAGAAGCAAAGGGCUGAAAACCAUGGCAAGUCAGCAGAUUAUCAGGAUCUGCUGUCUAAAUGUGCUGAUCUCAAUCUUGGGGAUCCUGGUUCGGAUCAAAACUGGAAUAUGGUGCAACAGCCUUGAUGUUAGUCGGAAGUAACAUAUAGUGCAAGAGCUUGAGUUUCCUCCAUACAGUGAUGUAACCAUUUUUUCUGACCGAUAUUUAAGGGUAGUACACAAUAGAUUUAUGUUUAAGAUGCUAGAUAGUUACUUGCAGGAUUCUUGUAGACAUCCUGUUGCCUGUGACUGUAUGCCUGUAUAUAUAAUGUGUUUCAACUUUUAAUAUCUUGUCGAUGUUUAGUUUCUUCA